CAGUGUGAAGAACGCAGCCUCGGGACCGCUGUGCCUUCAAGCAAGCAAAAUGAUCUGAAUGAAAUGUUAUCAUGAGAAAUAUUUCUAAUUUCAUCAGUGUUGUUUUUUUUUUUCUCUUCUCUUUUAUAUUUAUGAUACUGUGUAAAUGUUCUAACAUAAUAUUGUCUGGAAUAUAUGUGUUAUAUGAUAAAGUGCAUAGCACAAUAAAAAGUGAGCUUCAGUUAAAUAAGUUCAAGAUUUUGUAACCUACAAUCCAUCGCUUUGACAAAGAAGAGACAAUUAAAUAGAGAAAAUUUAUAGUAGCAAGACAUGUCAUGUGUCUCAGGUUUUUUUUUCCUCAUUAAAACAAGCAGGGAAAAUACACAUAUAAAUAAAUAGUGCAUGUUCAUACAUCAUUUGUGAAAAAUGCAAAAUGAGAUGUGUUCAUAAGUUCACAUUUCCCCUUUUCGCAUCUAGCUUGUGGACUGUCUCAGCUGUAAUACCAGCCCCACCUUUUACUUCUACAGGCUUUUUUCACAUGUAUGUACGCUCAUAUAAUUUCAUACAUAGCCACGACAAAAUUGUUUAUUUUAUUUUGUCCUUUUUUUUAUAUAUAUUUUUAUUACAUAUUUUUAACUCAUUUUAUUAUUACAAAUUUACAAUAUUACAAAAUUAUACAAUAUUUUAUUUUGUCCUAUUUUGUUUUUAUUUAUUUAAAUUUUUAAAAAUUUUUCUAAGUAAUAUGGUAAUGUUAUGGCAAUGUACAAAAUCAUAUGUGAUGUAAACUUGACUGUUUUUUAAUAUAAGAAAUGGGCAUAAAACAACGAGUGUGAAUACUUUGGACUUAUGAUGUUUUAUUGCUCUGGAAUACGCAGCAUUCGGUUUUAUAUUGUUAUGGGUGUAGAAGUCAGAGAAGAACAAUUCUUCAUACACACACACAAGAAAAAAACCCCAGAGAAAAGGUUCUGAUGUAAUUUAAAGGAACAAACCGUGACUUAUGUUCAAUCCUCAUGAGACUGUGAUUAAGUAUUGGUGCAUCAAUUUUUUGAGUAAUCAUGAGACUUCAUGCAUACCUCUGAGGAUGAAAAUAAGACUUUGCUGACUGUUCAAGUCAAAAGGGACUUCCCCUUCCUCAGAAAAUAUUUACAUACUCACAACAUAAAUGUGGCCUGCUGUGUAAUAGAGUGCAUUCAGAUGCACUGGCUAAAGAUGAUUUCCCAAUUAUGGCUUUUACUUUUCAUGACUCCUGUAGCGGUGGCAAAAUGUGGCAGUAAUAGUUAUUUCGAUGGACUAACUGAGGAUUGUAUGCCUUGCUCCAUUAGAUGCAAGUCUCCCCCUGCUAUCUGUGUGACUUAUUGUAAACCUACAGCAUCCUCUACUAAUCAACCUGGAGCGAACCGAAAUAUUCGUAUAAUCCUCAUAGUGUUAUUUGUGUUCCUCGGCACUUUCAUUACACUGACUUUAAUUCAGGUUGUACGCAGAAAGGCCUGCAGACAAGUCACCAAAGCCAAAGCUCAACAACAAGAAACAUCCGAAAGUGAUGGAGGUUCCGAGGCAACUGAGAAGUCGGAUGAUGGAUCAGCUGAUGUGGAAGAUGCCACAUGCAAAACUUACUGCAAGACCAGUCUUCCACUUCCCUCCACUGAGGAGGGCACCACCAUGUUAGUUACCACCAAGACAGUGCAGACAUAUAACUGCAGGACCCAAUAUACAGAAAACAUCUGGAGAACUGACAUUGUGUAAGAAGUACCUGAAUGAUGUGCAUAUUCAAUUAUUCAGGCUCUAAAAUGCAACAAAACUGUAAAUUGCACAGAAAGAUGCAUGAUGUUUACCUAUAUUAUUCAGUUUUUCUUGGCCUUCAGCGCUGCCAAAUCCUGCUACUGGAGCUCUUUUUCAUCUCCAGCUCUGAUUCACAUAGCUCUACUUUAGUGUUUACAUGUAUUUGAAGAAGCCGAAUAUCUGGAUCAGGUGUAAUGGGUUUGAGGAUGACCUGAACAACAGCUGGACAUUAGAUCUCCAGCAGCACAAAUGGGCACCGCUGAAGUCUGCUUUAGACUGAGUACAGUACCUGUGACUUAAACACAUCCUGUUCAAGAGGAAUGUAGGCUUACUUCUGUAUUGUGUAACAUCUUGAUGAUCAUGAUAAUCCUUAUCUUUGAAACCAACACUGACAAUGGAUCCUUUGACCAUUUACAGAGAAUUAGAUACAGGACAGAACAUGUAUUUUGUAUCAAACUUGGAUAAAGCCAUACUGGAUAUGUAGCUACAAUGUUAUUUGCUUAUUAAAAACCCUUGUGCAUGUGCACAGCUUCGAAUUAUGUCACAAUGUAUAUCUGCUUUGUGUGAAAAACUCUUACACUUAAAAAAUAUGGAAGGCCAUUUGAAACAAUGAACAGCAUCACAGGUGAACUGAUAAACUAACAAGAUCGAGAUUGGGAACUAUAACUCUGUCUUACGGAAAGUUUAAAGUUUCCGUUUUAAGUAAUGAAGCGCUGAUCUGAAUUUCAUUUACAGUAAAUUCAGGAUUAAAUGAUGGUUUCAAGCAUGAGCAACUGCUGAUUAUUUAAAGCAUGUUUAAAGGUUUCAGAGAGCUUCACAGACACACAUGGAUCCAGGAUAAAUGCAUGCUGAAU